GGUCGACCUCUGUACGCGUUAUGAGAGAAUCGCGAGUCGAUAAAAUUGGUAGAUUGGUCGUGCUCUCCUGUCGGUUAGGAGAUAUCGGCGGUGACCAGUCGGAUUUCUACCAGCGAAGCAUUCAAAACAUUGUACACUGGGCAUCACCGAAUUCAAAGUCUACGUCUAUACGGUGUUAUGACGUAUUUCAUGGUCAAAGCAUCGCUCUUUAAAAUGGACCUCUCACCAUUUUUCACAGACCUGACCGCUCCCAGCCAUUUAGAGUUGGUGAAAGACAUCAUCACGACACAUGAAUUAUCGGACAUAGGAACCUUAUCGGCGUUUAGCGCGACAAGCCCGAAUCGGAGAAUAGCAGCCACGAUACCAUCUUGUCUCGGACGCGUUUUUAAGGGGGAUAAUGAGAUAAGAUAUAACGAGAUUCUAUCCAGACACGGCUAGGCAUCUGAAAGAUUGUCAGAGGCCAUUGAAGAGUCGAGACGACCGAAAAUGUCAGACUAUAGCUUACCGCUUUCCAACAAAGUUGCUCUGGUGACCGGAGCUUCGAGAGGGAUCGGGAAAGGCAUCGCCUUAGAGUUUGCUCGCCGCGGCGCAACGGUAAUACUCACUUACGUGUCCCAAAGCAGCGAGACUCUUGCUAGAGAAGUCUGCCAAGCUAUCGAGGCUCUUCCCCAUAAGCCUCGCGCUCACGCUGUACGAGUCGACCUCAGCACCGUCGACGGGGCUCAGCUACUCAUCGGCCGUCUCCUCGAGCGGAGCGAAGGCAGGCUCAAAUUGGACAUACUCGUAAACAACGCCGGGGUCGAGAAGGCGAAAUCCUUGGCGGAGCUGACGGUCGACGACUAUGAUGAGGUCUAUAACCUGAACAUACGCGGCACUAUCCUGCUAACUCAGGCGGUCUUGCCGUACCUAAGCAGCGAAGGGCGUAUAUUCAACAUAAGCUCGAUCGCCGCGAGGACUCCCUUCAAGAAUUUUAGCCUAUACUGCUCUUCGAAGACGGCGCUCGAGGGAUUGACCCGUGUCUGGGCUACCGAGCUGGGCGGUAACGGAACGACGGUCAACUGCAUCGAACCGGGUCCAGUACAGAGCGACAUGCUCGACAAUAUCCCGAAAGAUAUCGUGAAUCUUCAAAAGGCCCUCACCCCUAUCGGCAACAGGAUAGGGACGGUCGAAGAAGUAGCAAAUAUAGUGGCCGGUCUCGCUAGCAAGGACGGAGCUUGGAUUACCGGGCAAACCAUCAGCGUGAGCGGAGGGUACGCCAUGUAUUAAGAUGGGCUUCAACCUCGCCCAGAGAAUUUUUGCGAUCAACAUCACGCCUUGAAAACCAGACACGAGUUCAGGCCAGUAUUGAACCACAGGUUUAGUAUAUCGACCGUAAAUGUGUCAUAGAAUGAGCAGUCUUGGAUUGCAAAUGAAGAUAAUAUGAUAAAGCCAUACCUUUCGUACCUAUUGAUGUCUGUCUGCCUAUUCAAUUAUCAUAUAUUGGGAGGUAGUUGUUGUCCUUCAAAUAUACCUACUUAAGCACGCAAUAAACUAUAAAAUUUCGUAGUAGGUAUUCUAUUUUC